AUGUUAACCUCCGGACUCACCAACGCCUCGAUCUCCAAAUCCCUCCUCAUCUACACCAUCGCCUCCUCAGUGGCUCUCGCCAUUUUCGACCUUAAACACCUCACUAGUAUCCAAGUCGCGCCACACAUCUGGCAAUAUGGACAGUUCUGGCGCAUUCUGGUGUGGCAAGUAGCCGGAUUCGCGAACUCGACGGAGGCGCUGUUCGCCGCGAUGCUAGUGUAUCAUCUACGAGUUGUCGAACGCGCUUGGGGAAAAAGAAAGUUUGCCACCUUCCUCCUCACCACACUCCCUUACACAACCCUCCUCCCACCUCUCCUCCUCAUCCUCGUCCUCCGACCCAUCACCCUCGAGAAAAUGAACUACCUUCCCUCCGGACCCGUAGCGACCAUCUUCGCCUUAUUAGCGCAAUACCACGCCUCAAUCCCAUCUACCUUCCGCUACCGGAUCUCCACGUCAUCUGCUUCUGAUUCGAACGAGACGAAAGACCAACCGCAACAGAGCAGCAAGUCCCUUACUCUUACACUGUCUGAUAAAUCUACAACGUAUAUUGUCGCUGCGCAAUUGGCUUUGUCGCAGUUCCCGGCGAUGGUCGUCCCCGCUGCGGUGGGAUGGCUGGUUGGUGUGGCCUGGCGGAUGGAGUUUCUGCCUGGGACUGGCGCGUGGAGGGUCCCGGCGUGGAUGGUGGGGGAGAAAGAGCGGAGGGUUGUAAAUGGAGCUGGAGGGGCAGAUGGUGGGAGAUAUGAGGAUCUGAGGAGGAGGUUGGAGGGAGAGGCUAUUGCGGCGUCGGCGAGUUCGUCGGCUACGGGUGCGACGGGGGAUGCUGCGGGACAGAGGUUUAGGAGGAGUGGGGGGAUAUAG